AUGAGCUCCAACUCAAAAAGGAUCAAAUUUGUCUCCAUAUCGCUUCCUAUUCUAUACGGAAAUCAUGCUUAUAAAUUAACACCAGAAACACGCAAGACAACCACACCUGCAGAUCAUACUCACGAGUGGACGGUAUUCUUUAAACCGGUGUUGGGGGAUUUAGACUUGACCCCGCUUUUGAAAAAGGUUACGUUCAAACUACAUGAAACUUAUGAGAACCCAAUCAGGUCAAUUGAACGCCCGCCUUACCAGGUGACUGAAACUGGGUGGGGAGAGUUUGAAAUCAUCAUUAAGCUAUACUUCCACCCUGGCGUUGAUUUGGGGAUAAACGAGAAAAACUUUCAGAUUUUCCACGCUUUGAAAUUGCAUCCGUAUAACCCGCAACAUCCCAAGCGGGAAAACGGCGAAGUCCACCUGAUCUUGUACGAUGAAUUGGUGUUUAAUGAGCCAACCGAUAAGGUCUUUGAAAUAUUGACCAAGAAGCCAAUCAACUUGAUACCUUACAAAUUGACAAACGAAGACAAGCGAGAUCAAGAAUUUAUUAGACCGGAUGAAAAUGACGAAUUGAGCCGAUUAGAUGUUUAUAUCGAGAAAAUCAAACAGGAAACCGAACGACAGGCUGAGUUGUACAGCAGAGCAGAAAAGGAAAAAAACAACUUUACUUAG